AUGCCAUGUGAACAUGCAAUUGCUGCAAUUGAGAGUAUACAUCAAAAGAAAUCGGCCUUUUGCUCAGCCUAUUUUUCAAGGGACUUUUGGUUGAAAACGUAUGAAGGGCAAGUAAAUUCUGUAGGUGAUGCAAUAAAAUGGGUUAUACCAGACACUAUUAAAUCAGAAAUCACUAAGCCUCCAGAUGCCAAAGUACUGCUAGGAAGAAGACAGAAGAAUCGACAUGUUUCCGGUACAGAAUUCAAGAAGGAACCAAGAUGUAGUCGUUGCAAAAAAUAUGGGCAUACCAGAACAAAUUGCACAAAUUCUGCUGUAGUUCAUCCUUAUGCAAGAAAACAUAGGGAAAAAAAUGAUUGA